AACUUAUUUAGGGCCUCUGACAGAAAAUUGCAUACAUUUUUCUAUUGGUAAUGCACGUUGAGGUACGUUUACCUAUUUCUUAUGCAAACACGCGAAACACCAAGAGAAGUUUUGCGUCACGCGCAACUGCAGAAGUUUGAACUGGACCAAGGGAGGAAAAAUAUUCAUAUCACAACUGACGCAAGGGCGCUAAAUACGAACUGGGAUGAAAUGUCAUCACAAGUGCAUUACAUCUAAUGGUAGUAUCGGAAAUGCAACGUUAAGGUGAAUCGCAAGUGCAGGAUGGCGCCUCGGUUACAGCUAGAGAAAGCUGCUUGGCGCUGGGUUGAGACGGUGAAACCAGAAGAUAUUAAAAACGAACAUAUCGAAUUAGCUUAUCGAAUCGCUCUGUCUGCGUGCCAAAGAGGAACAUGCAGGAGGAAUUGUAAGGGGAACCCAAAUUGCUUAAUUGGAAUUGGAGAACAUCUCUGGUUGGGGGAUAUCGACGAGAACACUUUCCAUAACAUUGAUGAUCCCAGCUCAGAACGAAGAGACAAGAAUACAUUUGUCGGUUUAACAAACCUGGGGGCCACCUGCUACGUCAACACCUUCCUCCAGGUUUGGUUCCACAACCUGGAGCUCCGUCAAACGUUGUAUCUCUGCCAGAACGCCUGGGUUGAGAGCGCAGACUCAGAAAAAGAGCCGCAGACAAUAUGUGAACAUCUUCAGUACCUGUUUGCAUUGCUGCAGAACAGCAGCAGAAGAUCCAUCGACCCGUCUGGCCUUGUGAAAGCUUUAGGACUUAACACGGGACAACAGCAGGAUGCACAAGAGUUCUCCAAGCUCUUCCUCUCCCUCCUGGAAGAAUUCCUCCUAAAGCAGAAGAACCCAAACCUCCAAAAUGUCAUUCAGGAGCAGUUCUGUGGAAUGAUUUCCUACGUCACUGUGUGUGACCAGUGCGGUCGGUCUUCCUCCCUACCCUCCCGAUUCUACGAAUUGGAGCUUAACAUCCAAGGACACAAAAAUCUCAUGGAGUGUCUCACAGAGUUCCUAAAGGAGGAAAAGCUGGAUGGGGACAACCGCUACCACUGUGAGAGCUGCCAGACUAAACAGAAUGCCACACGUCACAUCAAAUUACAGAGUCUCCCUCGAACCCUUAACCUGCAGCUCAUGCGCUUUGUCUUCGACAGGAAAACGGGCCACAAAAAGAAGCUAAACACCUUCAUUAAUUUCCCAGAGAUCCUGGAUAUGGGGCCUUUCAUGGAAAGAAAAGAGGAGAAGUGUGUUUUUGAGCUGAGUGCUGUACUUAUCCAUCGAGGCAUCAGUGCGUAUUCAGGACACUACAUCGCUCACGUGCGAGACGCGCUCUCCAACGACUGGUACAAGUUCAACGACGAGGAGAUUGAGAAAAUGGAGGGAAAGAAACUCCAGCUGGGACUUGAGGAGGAUAUUGCGGAAACUGUCAAAAUAUCCCAGAGCCGGAAGCCCAAGUGUAGCAGAGGAUACCAUUGCUCUCGAAACGCCUACAUGCUGGUGUACAAACGGCAACCGGAGCAGGACGACAGGAACGACACCAAUGCAGUAGUACCAGAGUUCCUUGAGACACUGGUGGCCAAGGACAACAGGAAGUUUGAGGAGUGGUGCAGCGAGCUGGCCGAGAUGAGGAAGCAGAGCGUCGACAAGGGCAAGGCCAAGCACGAGGAGGUGAAGGGGCUCUUCACGUUGUUGCCCGUGGAAGACGGCCAACCCUAUGAGUUUGUGCCAUUGGACUGGUUGAAGAAAUGGCUCGAUGACUCCAUCACCACCAAGGCAAUAGACAACGGCCACUUCCUCUGCUCUCACGGGAAGCUCCACCCUGAUAAGAUUGGCGAGGCCAAGCGGAUCUCCCUUAAAGCAGCCAGCCUCCUUUUUAGCCGAUAUGGAGGAGGCCCCCGGCUAGACCGUUCAUCCCUGUGUAGAGAGUGUGUAACGCAGCGCUGCCAAGUUCUGCGGCUCAAGAACCAGCUCACUGAGGACUACAAGGACAUGUCCAUCCUCAUCAAAGCACCGUCACAAAGUGGUAAAGGUCUUUGGGUGGGCAAACUGUCUCUGCGUAUCUGGAGGCAGCUGGCCCUGGAGCAGUUGGAGGACGACGAGGAGCACACCAAACACGGCGACCACAAGACCAACGGGGAUCGCUCCAACAUCACCAGGAGCAAAGGUGCAAAGACCAUUGACGGAGAGGACGUGGAUACCGAGGGCAUGAAGAUCUUCAAUGAAGACAUCCUCUGUCCUCAUGGGGGCCUCAAUAUCCUGGAGAGUGAGAGGAGGCUGGUGUCUGUGGAGGCGUGGGACAAACUGAAGGUGUACUUCCCCAAAGCACCUGAGUUCACCUAUCAGCACGAGCCCUGUCAGCAGUGUCUGAGGCGUGAGCGAGAGGACAGACAGAACGAGGAGUUGAACAAGAUGAUGGCCAACGAGCAAAAGAGCGCUUUACUCAACCUGUUCCAGGAGAAGAACCGACCAACGCUGCAGAAAUGGCCUGAGGAAACGGAUGUUUUAUACAUCGUUCCGCCAUUCUUUCUGGCUGAAUGGAGGAAGUUUAUCAGGAGACCUUCCAAAAGCACACCUGUGUCGAGCGUGGGAAACAGCAUCCUGCUCUGCCCCCACGGCGGCUUCAUGUUCACCCACGAGUCCAUGCUGUUAGGAGACGCUGAGCAUGUAGCUCUCCUGUGGCCGGACGAGUGGGAGGUGAUCCGGACCCAUUUCCUCGUGGACCAGCCUAUUUCUCUAUCCAGGAUAAAAGCAGAACCUGACAUCACCGACAGGGUUGAAUAUCACACGCGGCCAGAGUUGUGUGAAGAGUGCCGGGAGGGCUUCAUGUUCCAGCAGCAGAGGGACAUGAGGGAGUACACCCAGGCCACCGUCUACGUGCGCAAGGUCAUCAACAACAAAAGGGCACUGAAAGAUGAUGCUCCAUCACUCAAUGUGAGCGGCUCCGAAGCAGAAGAAGAGAAGGAAACCAAAGUGGAUGGAGAAAAAGACCCAGACUUUAGCCAGUUGGAGAAUGGCGCCAAGCGGAAAAAGAUAAUCAGCGGUGUUGGUAUUGCCGUGCAGCAUUCAGUAUCCAAGGCCUCCUCUGACAAGGGCAUCCGCCGGAGUACCCGCCAUCACAAGCUCCGGGGAGAGAAAGCCCUCAUCGUCUCCGCCAACCAAACGCUGAAGGAGCUCAAAAUCCAGAUCAUGCACGCCUUCUCCGUCGCUCCAUUUGACCAAAACCUGUCCAUAGAUGGGCGGAGCCUCACCGAUGACUCCGCCACUCUGGGUAGCCUCGGGGUGACACCGGAGUGCGUCAUCUGCCUUAAGGCUGACGAACCUUUAACAGAUUAUGCUGCAAUAGAUGAUGUAUACCAAGUGUGUUUGCCUGAGGAGGGAUUUAAAGGCACAGGGCUUCUUGGACAUUGAAGAAAAACAUCAGGUUCUGGAUUCAUGUUGAUGUUAGAAAUAUUUCCAAAAUGGCUAUUGAGAUGGGAAUUUCUAAGACGGGAAUUUCUUUAGAUUUUAUGUUUUUAGAAUUUUUUCAUCAUUGUCGUCAUAAAACCAUUAUUUUCACUGUGUUGCCAGUUGACAAACAUGUCUGUCUUUCAUUAAGUAAACAGAGAAACAUGUUUGGGCCUUUUUAAGACUGAAGGUGUUCUGCAGUUGUCUCCUCAAGCGUUAUGUGAAAUCUUCCUUCUAGCAGUCCCUGUCUCUCCACUUGAAGGGAUGGGUUGUGUGGGAAAUGACACGAUGUCUUCGAAUUCUCUUCCUUAAGCUGGGGCUUCUGUUCCCUGUUCUGUUCUGUUUUGUCAGUCAGAUAUGUUGAAGAAUCCUUGAGAAACUGAAAUAUUGAAAAUAUCUUUUCUUGUGUGCCUGAGACUCACCAGUGUAUGGAUGUGUGGGGUGUUACAUACAGUAUGAGUGAGAGAAAGUGAGAACUUGAACGUUACAGGAACAUGACUAGAAAGUGUAUUUGAAACUGAAGAUGUAUCUGUAACCUUAAAUGGGGUGCAUAUGUAGCUUUCUUUAUGACCUUUCUUAUGAGCAAUAAAAUUAUUCUCUUCUCUAAAAAAAAA